AUGCGCCACAAGAGGAGGUUGGCUGAGCCUGGCCUGAUGACCUGUGUGUACUGGAAGGACAGAGGAGUGGAAUAUGGGAAUGGAACAGAGGGGAAGAUGAGGCAUUGGUCAGUGGACGGCUGUUGGGUCGUGUUCUCCGAUGAGAACUACACAGUGUGCAGCUGUUCUCACCUCUCCACCUUUGCACUCAUCAUGCAGACUGGGGAGACUGUGUCGGAGGAUAAUCCCUUCCUAGAGUGGGUGAACAGAAUGUGUGUGAUCGUGGGCCUGGUCUUCUUUGCUCUGGCCAUCCUCACCUUCCUGCUGUGUAGCUGGAACCCUAAGAUCAACAACACAGCCCGCCUCCACCUCUGCCUCUGCCUCUUCCUGUCCCAUCUGCUGCUCCUAUUGGAUUACACCUACCUCACUCACAAGCUGGUGUGCUCCAUCAUGGCAGGUCUCCUCCACUUCCUGGUAGUGGCCAGUUUCCUGUGGAUGCUGCUGGAGGCGCUCCAGCUCUACCUGCUGGUCCAGAGACUCUCCAGGAUCCAGGUCAUCCAGAGGGACGGCCUCCAGAAGAAAUACCUCUACCUGAUUGGCUAUGGCAUCCCCCUGGUGAUCGUGGGCGUGUCUGCAGCGGUGAAGCAAGACGGCUAUGGGGGAACUAAAGUAUGCUGGCUGAAGCCAGAACAAUACUUUACCUGGGCUGUGUUAGGGCCAGUGUGUACUGUCCUAGCACUGAACUGGAUAUUGUUCUGUGUUACUAUCUGGAGUUUGAGACCUACCUUGGCCAACAUGAAGAGUGAUGUCUCACAGUCCAAAGACACCAGACUGAUCAUCUUUAAGAUCCUGGCACAGUUUGUGAUCCUGGGUUGUACCUGGGUGCUGGGCUUUUUCCAGUCCACCAUGGUCUUCAAGUACUUCUUCAUCGUGCUCAACUCCCAGCAGGGCACCUUCCUCUACAUCGUUCACUGUCUCUUCAACAAGGAGGUACGUGAUGAGUACAGGAAGUGGCUGGGCUGUUCUUCCAGCUCCUCUACUCCAGACUCUAUGAAAGGAGCACCUUCAGUCUCUGAAGACCUGGACAAGGCUGGCAAAGAGAGACAAAACAAAGGAACACGGCCAGGAUGAGAGCAACAUGAUAAGUUACCAUCAGACCUUCAAAGCAUUUCAGCACCGUGGGCCUCCACGGUAUAUCUUUCAAUGCACACUGUACACAUUAAGUAUGAGAGCGAGAGAGAGAGAGAGAGGGGUGGGUUUUUAUGGAUGCUAAUGACUCAGAUGACACAGCCUGACCUUUUGUAAUUACUAAUAUUUCCUUUAUCUACUUAAAACAAUGUUUUAUU